CCACACUUCGAAAAUCAACAUGGCCCUCUCCACUUGGGCAUUGCCGCAGCUGUCGAAGCUGCUCCCGCUGGACGAGGACUCGCUGAGGCAGGUGAUCGCAUAUACUGAAUCGCUGCCGAACCGGGAAGCCGCAGAUCACCUCCAAAACCUACUGGGGGACAGCCCGCAGGCGCUGGAGUUCAUCACAUCUUUCAAUAACAGGCGGAAACCCGCAGCUUCAGCCGGUGCCAGUCAGCUGCAGCCGUCAAAUGAUCUAUCCGAAGUGCCCAAGGCCAAGCCCAGGAACAAAAAGAAACCUCUCAACAAGCUGCCGCCACCUAGGGUGCCUGAAAACUAUGGCAACACCACUGGCGCGUACUUGAAGCGAGAUGAAGAGGAUUACAUGGCCGGCGCUUCCAAACCAAGAGCGCAAAAGCACAAUGCGUUCGCUCUAUCCGACAAGCUCGAUGCCGUUCAAGCACCCAUGACAUCUUCAGGCAAAUCAACGCCGAAAUCACGGGGCAUCUCUCCAGCUCCGCCUCCUCCAAAGCUUCCGCCUUCCGCUGCCGGUCAAUUGAUCUCAGACACUAAGUCCUCCCGCAACUCGUCACCAAAGCCAAAGACCAAAGUCACUGUAGCCGGCGGCACGCCGAUGCACGGUGCGUCUACCGCGUUGAACGACCUGGAAUCUGCAAUCCGCGCACUCGAGAUCCAGACCAAUCCCACCCUUUCCGCCGCCCAGGAGAAUGCCAAGAGAAAGUGCAACUGCAUGGCUACCCGGCACCCGCUACUCGAAGCCGCACCGAAUUGUAUGAACUGCGGCAAGAUCAUCUGCGUCAAGGAGGGCAUAGGGCCAUGCACGUUCUGCGGGCAGCCUAUCCUCAGCGCCGAUGAGAUCCAGUCGAUGGUCCGUGUGCUCCGCGAAGAACGCGGGAAGGAAAAGAUGGCGGCGAACAAUGCAGGCCAGAGACGCGCCGAUGUAUCCCUCGCGCCGCGGCCAUUCUCCACCCCCAGGUCUGCGACGCCGCUCUCAUCGAACCCCGGAUCGGACGUCGAGUCAGAGAACGAGCGCCUGGCUAAGGCAAAGCAGCACAGAGACAAACUCCUUGCGUACCAAGCACAGAACGCCCGGCGAACCCAUGUGCACGACGAAGCAGCUGACUUCGAGACGACGCACGCUGGCCUAAGUCAGUGGGCUACUCCGCAGGAACGUGCGAUGCAGCUCAAGAAGCAGCAAAAGGCCCUCCGCGAGCAGGAGUGGAACGCCCGCCCAGAGUAUGAGAAGCGACAAGUCGUCGCCAGUCUCAACCUCGUCGGCGGCAAGAUCAAGAAGAAGUACGAGACGAAGGCAAUGGAGCGGCCGCAAACGCCUGAAAGCGACGACGAGCUGCCUGAGCCAGCUGCGCUUGGUGAUUUCGGUGCGAGGACGAGCGGCGGCGGGGCGUUCAGCAGGAACCCGUUGUUAGGCGGGUUGAUACGGCCUACGAUCAAGAUCGACAAUAAGGAGAAGGAAGUUGAGGGCGAGCGCAAGCAGACCUGGAGGAGAGUCCAGGAUGACAACGACGACAACGAGCAGUGGAUUCUCGACGGGGGCGUUUACGGAGGUCGCGGCGAUGCGCAGGACGUUACACAGCAGCAGGAGCAGUGCGGGUAGUGCCAACUUCCAGUCAGGCUGAUGCAAAAAACUUCUUUGAUCAAUGAACGACUCAACACAUCUCAUCCUUUGCAAAAGCCUACGCAGGACUAAUCAUCCCAUACACUUGAUCUUCUGUUGUAUCCGACGCACUACUGGGUCACAGCAAAAGUGCUCCUACAUGAAUAUGACAGCAAUUCGAUCGAAAGUAUCUCAUGUAUGCAGGCAUUAUAUUUCUCACGUGCCGUCUGGCUGCAGCAGGGAGGUGCCCCACCUGCAGGCUGAUUAUGAAAUGCAUCUAGGACGCAAAUUCGGAAUCGAAGAUUUUUGUGGAGGAGUAUUCGUCACGUUCCUUGACAAUUGAAAGAACAGCCUACCUGGGCUUGUCAAUGAGUUCGCGACACAGUUCAACUAGGUGGGUGGUUACAGAGCUGGACUUUGAGAGCAACAUAUGCGGCAACUACCCAC